CAGCAGCAUCCUGGGACUUGCUUACGUUUCUAGCAUCUCUGGUCACAUGAGUGUGAAUUUUCUCUUCUCUUCAUUAGUCAGCCAUUUUGGUCACCACCCUGCUUACUGCGCAGAACCAAUCCUACAAGAUCACAAGUGCCUGGGUUAUGCAGACCUGCUGCCCUCUUUGAACCACUUGGAUUCCUGUAAUUUCCUUUUAUUGUCAUUUAUGUCCCGCUGGACAACUGCCUUGAAUUAUCAAGAUCUAGCUUUCUGGCUUAGACAAAGAAUUGCCUUUAGAAUCUGGAGUUUGGGCUCUAAAAAGCAGGUUUGACGCAUGACAAUUGGCAUCAGAGCAGCAGGGGGGCGGAAGAGGCAGAGACGAUUCUCAGGAUUCCAGAGCAAACCAGAAAGGAAAAGCGUCCCUUCUGUAUUGGUGUAAAUCAUAAAACAUACACAUUUCCUAUCUGUAUCUGUGCAUGUUGAUUGUGCAACUUUACCUCUGAGCUCAUUGCCUUUCUAACUUGUGUGCAACCAUCUUGGAUUCUGGAACGCUUUUCGUGCUGUUAUUUUGUUUUUUCUGUUUGUUUUCGUUUUUGCUUUUAUUUUUUUUAUAUUUUUUCCGGGUGGUUGUUGUAUCACCUGAGCCAUCAUGUCGGCUCUCACUCCUCAAAGCGACAUGCCAACCCCCACCACAGACAAGAUAACACAGGCUGCCAUGGAGACCAUCUACCUUUGCAAAUUCCGUGUUUCUAUGGAUGGCGAAUGGCUUUGCUUGCGCGAACUUGAUGACAUCUCACUUACGCCAGAUCAUGAACCUAAUCCUGAAGAUCCCAAUUAUCUCAUGGCCAACGAACGGAUGAAUCUCAUGAACAUGGCAAAGUUAAGUAUAAAGGGCUUGAUCGAGUCUGCUCUGAACCUGGGUCGGACCCUGGACUCUGACUAUGCACCAUUGCAGCAGUUCUUUGUAGUGAUGGAGCACUGCCUGAAACAUGGAUUAAAAGGUAAGAAGACAUUUCUUGGACAGAAUAAAUCAUUUUGGGGGCCUUUGGAACUAGUGGAAAAACUUGUACCAGAAGCAGCAGAGAUCACCGCUAGUGUUAAGGACUUACCUGGCCUCAGAACACCUGUGGGUAGAGGCCGGGCAUGGCUGCGCCUGGCAUUGAUGCAGAAAAAGCUCUCGGAGUACAUGAAAGCUCUAAUUAAUAGGAAGGACCUCCUAAGUGAAUUCUAUGAGCCCAAUGCACUAAUGAUGGAGGAGGAAGGAGCUAUCAUUUCUGGCCUUUUAGUUGGACUCAAUGUGAUUGAUGCAAAUUUUUGUAUGAAAGGGGAAGACCUAGAUUCACAGGUUGGAGUCAUUGAUUUUUCAAUGUACUUAAAAGAAGGUCCUAUUGCCAAAUGCAGUGAAGAAGAUGUCCAAAUAACUGCUAUACUAGAUCAGAAGAAUUAUGUAGAAGAGCUUAACAGACAGCUAAGUGCUACUGUUAACAACCUCCAGGCAAAGGUGGACGCAUUAGAAAAAUCCAACACCAAACUAACAGAGGAGCUUGCUGUGGCAAACAACAGAAUCAUUACAAUGCAGGAGGAAAUGGAAAGGAUGAAAGAAGACAGUACAUACUUUUCCAAGGGUAACAAACAAGAGCGAACUGCAGACGGGCAAACUCUUGGUGAAGUCAGGAAACACUUAAAGGAAGAAACCCAGCUACGACUGGAUGUAGAGAAAGAGCUGGAAGUACAAAUAGGAAUAAAACAAGAGAUGGAAAUGGCUAUGAAGAUGCUGGAUAAAGAUGUCUGUGAGAAGCAAGAUGCUUUAGCAGCACUCAGACAACAGCUUGAUGAUCUCAGGGCUUUAAAGCAUGAACUAUCCUUUAAACUUCAGAGCUCAGACUUGGCGGUGAAACAGAAGACUGAAUUAAACAUUCGCUUGGAAGAGAAAACCAAUCAGAUGGCAGCCACUGUCAAACAACUGGAGCAAAGAUUGAGAGUGGCAGAGCGAGAUCGUCUGGAGGCCGAGGAAGCCAACAGGCUCUUCAAGCAAGAGUUUGGUGACAAGAUUGAGAGUCUACAAAUGGAAGUGGAUCAGCUCCGGAAGCAGUGCUCUCAGUAUGAAAUAGACCUGAAGAAAGAACGAAAUCGAAGGCCUUCAGGAAAUCAGAAAGAGAAAGAACUGCCUGAAAAUAAAUAUUCACCAUUGAGAAUACCACAUCUUCUGCAAAAAAACACGAAUACACAACAAAAAGGAGCGAAUGAGAAUGUGAGGCAAGCUGUAAAAGAGACGAACAGCACCACAGAAAAUACAGUAUCACCUUCAAUAAAGCCAGAGAAUGAGGAGCAAGAUGGUGAAAGGAGGAUCCUUCAAAUGUGUCAGCUGUGUCGAGAAGAAUCCAGCAUCUUGCUCACCAAGAAUGAGUGCAAGAAUUGUGGUGGGGUUUUCUGCUCCACCUGUUCAUCUAAUGAAAUUCCUCUUCCAUCCUCUAUUAAUCCUGAACGAGUGUGCAACCUCUGUUAUAAGAGACUGAUACAGCAAUAUUCAAACACCCCCUCCUAGGAUCAAGGCAUUGUAUGAACUUGCAUUGCAACUGGAAAUUACUCCAACCCUGCACACACUAAAAGAUCAGACCCAAGUUGAUUAAUAUCACAUGAAAAACUGAUGUUGCUUGUUAAACUGGAAUAUCAUUGUAGGUUUUCAUAUAAGGAUAGGUAUGAGAGCCUAUCAGGCACGUGCAGUACUCAAUGUUGUUAGAUCAUAUUUGUUCUUUGCAAGCUUUUUAGUGAUGAUGGGUAGUGAAGUCUUGGAAAUCUGGCUUCAUCGGAAGGCAGAUCUAAGACUAACACUGGCUGACAUCAACUUUGUUACUGUGAAACAAUGAUAGCUGCUGAAGUGUAUGAUUUAUCUACGGUUGUUUUUGACUUAUUUUUUUUUUUACUUUCCCCCCCCCAUGAUUUGUUGAGAAUUUUAUGAUCCAUGUGAGUGCUGAAUGAUCACAUCUAGCCAAACAAGUGCCCUUUCUCUGUCAUUUGAAUUGACCGAUCACUGCUGCUGUUACUGGAACUAUCCGCAUACAUGAGAAACGCUUCCUUUGCUUGACAGCUCACUCUGCAAUGUUACAAUGAAUAAAUAAAGAAGGCUUAAAGGUGGAUAAUACUUCUAGAUUUAGAUUGGACACAUUUCUUUUUCAUUUCUGGCAUUAAAAGCUGUUACAU